ACAUACAUACAUAUAUGUAUAUGUAGACUGUAGAUAAAUUUCCAUGUUAACAUCUCUGCAAUAAAAAUCAAUUGUCGUCAUCGUGAUACCAAUGCACUCUGAAAAAUUUAUAUAAAAAUCUUUAGUUUUAGUAUAUCCACCUUUCGAUAAAAGUUUCAAUUAAAAGGAUAUAAAUAAUUAUUACUAUAAAACGUACGCUUGAAAAAAAUCUAUAUUAUUCCAAUUAGAUAUGUUAUAACGUUUCUCUCUAUAUACACUUGACACCUGUCAGUAUAUGUAUAUGCGUGUAAAAGAUUAUAUACGUAUAUAAAAUAUACAUAUUCAUCUGUGUGUGCUGAAAAUAAAUACUAAUGUUUUCCAUUUCCGCUCGAAGAUCGGUUACCCAUUCCAAACAAUCGGGGGCGGGGGGACGCGAUUCGAGACUCCUGAUAAGGGGUAUUUAUGUAAAUUCAGUUUGUUACAUCAUAUAUCAUUAUGGAUUCGAUCGGAAGCGGGAAUAGCAUAUUUUCCUUGAGACACGAUCAAUGACGCUUAACUGAACCCGGAGGGCGGUUACUAGGGCACAAAAAUUCCGAUAAGUGAAAUCCGAGGAAAUGCUGCCAGCGAAAUCACAAUUUGUGGACAGCGAGUCGCGUCGUCCCGUAACUCUCGCGGAUACAUUCACCCAUAAAUCUACAUUUUUCAAGUAUCGAGAGGUCCUGUUUUAUCUUUUACCAGCGCGAGGAGCAGCUAGCUCCUCGUCGGAUCGUAUUAAUUUUACAAUCGUGCGGUCCCAAUUGAUAGAUCCACAGGGAGCCGCGUAGAUCCGGCGCAGCAGUUUCCUUCCUCUUCCUCUUUCCUGGCGUUUCGGCCGUCGGCGCCGUCGACUUCGGGGUUUAGGGCGUUAUGGACAGAGACGGGGAAAACGAGAGGGAGAGGACGGGGAUGGCGAUGAGGAUGGGGAUGAGGAGAGAGCGAGAGGCCGAUCGAUGCAUUGAGGCGCCUAGUGGCCAGGCAGGCAAGGCACCAGGCUCUCUCCGCGCGAGCACGGACGGAGAGCUCAGCCCCCGAGCCCCCGUUCUGUUCACCCCUGCCCCAGUAUACAUGGCCUGCAGCGGCGCGGGCGGCGCGCGACGCGGCUGGCUUCCCUCUGGGGAAGGUACAUCGGUACAUGGUAGCGUGCAGUUGCGCAUCGACCUCCGGGGCGUGCACGGCGAGUAGCGGGUGGCGGCACUCCUCGUGAGUGCAACAUCAACGACGACGGCUCACGGCGGUAGCGGUGGCGCGUAGGCGGGGUCCCCGUCGUCGCACUCUCUUCUCCGGGAGGCUGACCCGUGGUCGUCGUCGUUCACUGUCGAGCCGUCGGGGAUGUCGUUGUUGGUACCAACGAUCACUGCCGAUCGCGAUUCGUAACUUUAGUCCUCUUCUCUUUCCCGUUAUUCCCGUUCGUCUCGUCGUCUCGAGCCAUCAGUCAUGCUGUCAUCAUUGUCCAAAGCCAACAUCCGAAUCGCAACGUCGGAAUUGUCCCUGUGAUAUGCUCGUUUCGCUGGCGAACUAUUAUGGAGAUAGCUGAUGCCGGAGGAGGAUCCGACAACAAUAACAGACAACAGUAUUUUCAAUCACCGCAUCGUAUCGGUAUCGUCUCACUGUUGUUGUUGCUGCUGCUGCUGCUGAUCUCUGACGCGUCGAACGGCGGCGGCGUCGGGAGCGGCACGGCCGCCGGGGGCGGAAGCGGAGGCGGGGGUAGUAGCAGUAGCAGUAUCAGUAGCAGUGGCAGUGUCAGCAUCAUCGGCAGUGGCGUUGGUGAUGGCACUUGCGGGUUGGCCGAGUUGACGUGUCGGGACGGCCGCUGCGUGCCGAUCGACGCUUACUGCAACGGUGAAGAUGAUUGCGGCGAUGGCAGCGACGAGCCGACGUUGUGCACGCCGUGCAAUCGCACGUACCACGGUCGCGAAGGGCACACGUACAAGCUGGACCUGCCGAGGCCCGCUGAGGAACGUCUGCCGUUCCUCUGCCACUUGACGUUUACCGCCGCCGGUCAGGGUUACGGCGAGCUGGUCCAACUGCUGUGGGACGCGUUCAGCGUCGGCCGCGUCGACGCGAAUGCCGACAACUACUUCACCAGCUGCCCCGAGGGCUCACUUCAGCUCGCCGAGCUCGGUAGGCACUUCACCGGCGGCUCGUGGUGUGGGGUCAGCGAGGGUCGCGCGUCCUACUACAGCGAAACCAGUACGGUCACUGCCUCUAUACGGCUGUUCCAUGCACCAUCCGCGGUGCCGUUCGAGUUUCGUCUCCGUUACCGCUUUGUCUCGCGCAACGAGGCGGUCGCCCGACUGGGCAAACCGGAACUGCCAAUCGAGCGGGGCUCCCCGGUGCCGGGCACCUACUGCUCCCGCAACUUUUACGAAUGUCACCUGAAGCAGUGCCGGUUGCAGAGUCCAAACUAUCCGGGCGAGUAUCCGCGAAACGCAAGCUGCCUGAUCACCGUGCGCCAGAAAGAGGUACCUACGUGCAAGCACGCCAUGAUAUCCGUCAAGAGCACGCUUGCCGGUCCGGUCGGUCUCAGCGCUACCGUCAACACGAGCCUCAGCGUCUGGCAGGACUGUUCCCCCGAGAGGGACCGUUUGAUCUUCCGCGACGGGGCGCGAACGGAGGACCCGGUUCUCCUGGUAUACUGCGGUGGCCCGCUACCGCAGGUGACCGCGCGCGGACCCGCCAUGCAGGUGGAAUUCCGCAGCUCGCCAGUCGCGAUACCGCUGGGCGCGUCGUCGCUGCGACUGGAGCUUGAGUUACGCGUUAUCUACGUCGACUCGGACGGGUUGGAUUAUGCCAAAGGCCCGCACGGCUGCAACUUUUUCGUGAAUGGCACCGGCGUCGGCGGCAAGCGGAGUGGCACGAUACGCGCACCUUUACACGCGCUACCACCCGGUUCUAGCUGCACGUGGAACAUCAAGGGCGCAACCGGCGACCGCGUAUGGAUAUACUUCUCGUCAUAUUCGCAACGCGAUCUCACCGGCAACGGCGAGAACAACGCAAGCGCCGGUCAAGUGACGCCAGAUAUCUCCGCGGCGUCGGUAUGCGCGGUUAAACUCGUCUUCUGGGACGGCGCGCAAAAUACGGGCCAGCCAAUGGCCACGCUGUGCGACGACACGCCCAAGCUGUGCGCCCAUGCGGCUCUUCGUAAUGUCACCAGGAGCACGAGGCCGUGUACCAAAGAUGAGAGUUACCUGACGACCGCGCCGAGCCUGACCCUGAGUAUGGAAACUGUUCUGGGUACCGCUCUCCAUCCGAUUAACUUCCACGCGCGAUACGAGUUCAUCUCCACUGUUCAGACCGGCGAACCCUGGGGCGAUGGUAUCUGCAGCCGAGUAUGGCGUAAGGUGCACACUGGCGAAGUGAUGUCACCGCGCGACGUACGUCUAUUCGGGCGAGGUGGUGCCACCAAGCUGGAUUGCAGAUAUCGCGUGGAAGCUGGUAGUGGGGAACGAGUCCGUUUGACGUUGCAUAACGUCAGUCUCGGCGAGUCCACCAUGUGCACGAGCGAUUCAGAUCCACACACCGGUAAACCGCGCUGCGUUCAGGAGGUGGGGUCCAGGGAGGCGCGUCUGGUCAUUUACGAGGCGCCAUGGCGAGACGUGAAGCUACCCCGGGCGUGUCUGUGCGACAACACGUCACAUUUGCCGCUGACAUACAUCACCUCCGGCCGUGCGCUGGAGAUAACAUUUUUAGUGGACCAGCAAGCGCCCCACGAAGACUUCGAGACGCUCUUCUUCUACGCCAGCUUCGAGCUCAUUCGUGUGCCAGAGUGCCCGAGAAAGCAGAGGAUCCGUGGCGAAGGUGGCGAGCUGAGAUUCGUCAAUCCCCCGCUGUCGAGACCGGACAUUUAUUGCGAAGGUCUUCCUUGGCUGGUGGAGGCGCGCGAGAACCGCUCGCUCUUCGUCCUGACCUGGGGCUGGUUUCUGCCAUUGGAACCGCCGCCGCUCACCGGUCCCGAGACAUCUGGUGGUACAAGCGGCGAUCAGAUCAAGUGCCCGACCACCAAUCGCAUCCUCCUCUAUUCUGGCUGGCCGCCGAAGUUGUUGAAGAUAGUGUGCCCGGCGGAACCGGGUGCACGCGAGUUCACCGUGCACGUGUUCUCACAGGAAUGGCUAGGCCCGACGGAAGAGGGCAAGUGGCCGGGUCCGCCGAGACCGCCCGCAUUAUUGCUGGACUUCGUGGCACGGGAAUCCGGCCAGGCAGCUGCCUCCUGGCUGGAGAUCUCCAAGAGUCGCGCGGCGCUGCGCCGGCAGCUGCGUCUUCCGGAGAGAAUCCCGGGCGCAAUGAUAGAGAACGAGACAAACGGCGUGCCGUCGUACAUCGGCGAUUGCCCGCACAAGUGCCCCGAGCUGGGUGCGUGCAUCGCCGCCAGUCUCUGGUGCGACGGUCACGCGCACUGCCCAUCCGGUCACGACGAGGCCAAUUGCGGGAACGGCGCGCGGCUACUCGGACUGCUCCCGCCCAUCACAUGGCUCGUCGUCGCCGGCGUCGCUGGAAUUGUCACUGCCUUCGCGUGCCUAUUCACUAUUCUUAUUAGCAGAUCCAAAGCUCGCACAAAGAGACUUCACUACCAGGGGGCGAAGAAAAGCAAGAAGCCGCGACGUGCACCGACCGAGGAGACGCUUCUCGGAGCGGCAUCCUGACAACAGCCGCCCGGUUUCGUGGAGUACAUUCACGUGGACCGGGAAACGACUGUCUAGCGACGCUAAUUCUGUGCUUCACCGUCCAAUGACUAACUCUACUCGACAAAUCCUCCCCCGUGGUGCCAUAUACAUAUAUAUAAUCGCGCAACGGGUGAUGAGAUUCCUCAGAACUCCGCCACGCGCUUCUUUCUUCCUUCAUUCGUUUUCCUCCACCGAGAACAUGACCUCGUUCGGUCGUGUUCAUCCUCGUGUCUGCCUGCGUCGACUCGCGUCGAGUCGAGUCGAGUUGAAAAGGAUCUAUCCAUCGAAUGUCUUCUGUUCGCGAGAUAUAUUAGUGAUGUACUUAUUUGUGAUAGUCCUCUAUAUACAUAUAUAUUUCAUUACAAUUACGCGCUGUGUUACCUCUA